AUCAGAAGAAACCCAUAGGGGCAAAUUCAAGCAACUCUUUAGAACCACUGAUGCAAAUUUCUAUCUAGCACAUUGUCAUUGCAUGUGCAAGAUUGUAUUCAGGGUUUAUGGUGACAACAAUAGGGUUCAUUACUUUGUCAGCAAAUUAGAAGUUUCAAGAAGUUUAUGCUAUUUCUUAGUCCCAAGUCUCAUCUGCUCAUCUAUUUCAACUCAGAAUACUAAAAUACCCUGUUAAUGGGGAGUGCCAAUACUUUAAUGGUUUGCCCUCCAAUUUUUCAGUGUCUAAGUUGGCAGAGAAUGAUGCACUGCUCUUUUAGCACCUUAGGAUUUUAUCUGAAUCUAAAAGACUAAAACCACUUAAAUCAGGGCCCAUUUGUAGUCUAAAAAGGUUAACAAUAAUCAGCUUAAGCCCAGCAAAUUGGUAGAAUUUGAACUUCAAGCACAAUCCAACUAACAUGCAGUCCACUUUUGAAAUGUUUCAAGUUUCAACCGCUCAUUCCAGAACUCUCUGGUGUUCCCUCUUCACUGCAUGUUCCGGAUCUCUCUUCAUCUCUCUCUCCCUAGUCUCUUCCACCAACCUCUGUAAACUUUUCCAUCAGCUACGCAAGCCCUUUAUGUAUAUAAACAUUUCCCAUUGAUGCUUCUCUCCUCAUCGAAACCAAAACCAUAAGAAAAAGCAUCCAAAGUUCACACAGCUAAACAUUCCCAAGAUCCAACCAGGGUGUAGAACUCCUUUCUUUGCCAUAAGCCCAUAACCAACUUCUUUCUUGUAGUAUUCUCUUGCUGAAAUUACUUCAAUGGCGUCAAAGGCUGAAGGGAAGGCCAUUGGUAUUGACCUCGGCACUACAUACAGCUGUGUUGGGGUGUGGCAAAAUGACCGUGUGGAGAUCAUAGCCAAUGAUCAAGGCAAUAGAACAACUCCCUCUUAUGUAGCCUUCACCGAUACUGAACGUCUUAUUGGUGAUGCAGCAAAGAACCAAGUUGCCAUGAAUCCUCAAAACACUGUUUUCGACGCCAAACGUCUCAUUGGCAGGCGUUUCUCUGACCCUUCUGUUCAGAGUGACAUCAAGCUUUGGCCCUUCAAGGUCAUCCCUGGCCCCGGUGAUAAGCCUAUGAUUGUGGUUCGAUAUAAAGGUGAAGAGAAACAAUUUUCACCGGAAGAGAUAUCAUCAAUGGUGCUCACCAAGAUGAAGGAGGUUGCUGAAGCUUAUCUUGGUCAUACUGUGAAAAACGCCGUGGUUACAGUUCCGGCGUAUUUCAAUGAUUCACAAAGACAGGCCACAAAGGAUGCGGGUGCUAUAGCAGGACUUAAUGUUAUCAGGAUUAUCAAUGAACCUACUGCUGCUGCUAUUGCGUAUGGAUUGGACAAAAAGGCUUCCCGGUCCGGGGAGAAGAAUGUUCUUAUAUUCGAUCUUGGGGGAGGAACUUUCGACGUUUCACUACUGACGAUUGAGGAAGGUGUAUUUGAGGUGAAGGCUACUGCUGGAGAUACUCAUCUUGGAGGUGAAGACUUCGACAACAGGCUUGUAAAUCAUUUUGUUGCAGAGUUCAAGAGGAAGCAUAAAAAGGAUAUCGGUGGCAACGCAAGGGCUUUGAGAAGGUUGAGGACUGCGUGUGAGAGGGCGAAGAGGACUUUGUCUUCAACUACGCAGACAACUAUUGAGAUCGAUUCCCUCUACGAGGGCAUUGAUUUCUACUCUACAAUAACAAGAGCAAGAUUUGAAGAGUUGAACAUGGAUUUGUUCAGGAAGUGUAUGGAACCAGUCGAGAAAUGUCUUAGUGAUUCGAAAAUUGAUAAGAGCCAAGUUCAUGAUGUUGUUCUUGUUGGUGGAUCAACAAGAAUUCCAAAGGUUCAGCAGCUGUUGCAAGGUUUCUUCAAUGGCAAGGAACUCUGCAAAAGCAUAAACCCUGAUGAGGCAGUUGCUUAUGGAGCUGCCGUUCAAGCUGCUAUUCUGAGUGGUGAAGGGAAUGAUAAGGUCCAAGAUUUGCUUUUGCUUGAUGUCACUCCUCUCAGCCUUGGUAUUGAAACUGCUGGCGGUGUGAUGACGGUUUUGAUUCCAAGGAACACCACAGUUCCUACCAAGAAAGAGCAAGUUUUUUCAACUUACUCGGAUAAUCAAACCGGUGUAUUAAUCCAGGUUUAUGAAGGCGAGCGAGCUAGAACCAAGGAUAACAACCUCCUUGGAACAUUUGAGCUUAAGGGCAUUCCACCAGCACCAAGAGGAGUUCCUCAAAUCAAUGUUUGCUUUGACAUUGAUGCAAAUGGCAUAUUGAAUGUGUCUGCAGAAGAUAAGACGGCAGGAGUCAAGAACCAAAUUACCAUUACCAAUGACAAAGGAAGAUUAAGCAUAGAAGAUAUAGAGAGGAUGGUGCAAGAGGCGGAGAAGUACAAAGCAGAGGAUGAGCAGGUGAAGAAGAAGGUUGAGGCCAAGAACUCGCUGGAGAAUUAUGCUUACAACAUGAGGAAUGCAGUGAAAGAUGAGAAGUUGGCUGGAAAGUUGAAUCUGGCAGACAAGCAGAAGAUUGAGAAAGCAAUCGAUGAGACGAUUGAGUGGCUGGACAGGAACCAAUUAGCUGAAGUGGAUGAGUUUGAGGACAAAUUGAAGGAGUUGGAGGGCUUGUGCAAUCCCAUUAUUUCCAAGAUGUACCAGGGUCAGGGUGCUGGAGGGGAUAUGCCUAUGGGCGGUGGGGCUGGCAAUGCUAGUUCCGGUGGCUCCGCUGCUGACCCUAAGAUUGAAGAGGUUGAUUGAGUCUUGAAAGUUGAAAACAGAGACAUGCUCUGUAGUUUCACUCUGUUUAUGUUUUCCCUGCUUUCUGAAUGGUAUUUUUAGCUCAAGGAGUCAUGAAAAUUGGUAUAUGAUAUACUAGUUUCUCCACCAAAAAUAGGGAUUGUUUGCUUGAUCUCCUUGAUACUGUACAAUUAAAAACUCAAAAUUCCAUGGUUUGUAUACUUUUCUCCUUUUUGGGGAGCCCAUGUUUUGAAAAACCCCACUGUUAUUUUAGUUGUGUUCUAGGUCCAUGUGUUUCAGCCCACUCAUGUUCCACUAUAUUCAUAGAAGAAUCUCUUGUUGGCUGGAAAUCAAAGAAACAAUCCAUUAUGGUUAAC